AUGGCGAAGAUUUCUGAUACUAUAAAAUCAGACCAUCGAGCAAUCAAGGAAUGUUACGACAAGAUUGUCAACUCAUCUAAUUACGAGCAGCAAGUGCGAUACCAAAAUCAAUUCACCUGGGAAUUAGCCCGCCACUCCAUUGGAGAGGAGCUCGUUGUUUACCCUGCCUUUGAAGAACAUCUUGAAAAUGGAAAAGCAAUGGCAGAUAAAGAUCGUGAGGAGCAUCAAGUUGUAAAAGAACAGCUCAAAGCUUUUCAAGGCAUGAAGCCUUCAGAUCCAAAUUUCCAAUCCACGAUCAAAAGCUUGAUGGACAAACUCUCCCAGCACAUCCGUGAAGAAGAACAAGAGGAUCUAGUCAAACUCGAAAAUAGUCUUGCGAAUAACGAGAGUGAGGCGCUUGCCACCUCUUUUAAAAGAACUAAGGCAUUCGUCCCUAGCCGGCCCCAUCCAAGCGCCCCGAACAAUCCUCCCUUUGAAACUGCAGUUGGUCUCCUGACCGCCCCAAUCGACCAUCUGGCUGAUAUAUUCCGUAAAUUCCCCGAUCACAAAGUCAGCCCCAAUCCGUCGACCAAAUGA